UUUGGCCAGGCAACGUUUUCAUUGCUAAAUUAAAUGUAUUUACGGUGUAUGCGCAGAAAUCCUCUGAAGAGAUAAACAGCAUUCCUAGAUUUUCCGAGACAACACCCCGUACUGUAACUAGUUUGACAUCAACGUCAGUUCUUCCGCCGGCCACUGGAGGUCUCGCUUUGUUUUCACAGUCUUGUUCAACUACGACUGGUACUGUACGCGUUAUCAAGAAGUAGCUGGAUUUAAUGUAGGGACAAGAAGAUGAAGGUAAAAAUCAAGCAGUGGAACGGCGUGGCGUCCUGGCUUUGGGUGGCCAAUGAUGAGAACUGUGGGAUCUGCCGAAUGUCUUUCAACGGCUGCUGUCCGGACUGUAAAGUUCCCGGAGAUGACUGUCCCCUGGUGUGGGGCCAGUGUUCGCACUGCUUCCACAUGCACUGCAUCCUCAAAUGGCUCAACUCCCAGCAGGUUCAACAGCAGUGCCCCAUGUGCCGACAGGAGUGGAAGUUUAAGGAGUAAACUGACAACACUCCUGGAUUGCCUUUCAGAGACUAAUGAAUAUACCUCAAUUUGAGGAUUUGUGUAUACUUUUGGAAUAUAUGUACAUAUAUUUCUGUUUUUGUACUGUUGAUAUGCAUCAGUCGACUGGUGAGAAUGUGAAUAUACGUUCAAUUGGAUUAAAGUUAUUAUUUUAGGCUGAAUUGUCACACUCCGAA